AUGCCUAACACCAUCCUUCGCGCCUCCCAUGCCACGACGGAGUCAUGCUAUUCUGCGCAAAGUGGGGAAACCCGGCUCUCAUUCAACCCACUCACACGACCGACCACCCCAUCUCCAAUUCGUAGUCAGCUUGCGACAUCGUUGACACGCUUUUCGAGCUCCUGCACGAACCUCAGCCGCCCCGACUCUCCUCCCGCUUUCCGCGACCGCAGCAUUUCCCGCCCCACGAAGAUUCGCUCCCGCUCUUCAACACAUUCAGAAAGCGAAAGGGUCCGCACUGUUGACCGCUCAAAGCGGGACAUCAAUCGCUCCCUUGAGCAACCGAGUCCAACUCAUUCGAGAAAAGAGCCACACCCAUCGCCUGCCAACACGCUUCGGAAUUUCUCCACAAAUCCACCCAGCAGACCGACAACACCCAUUUCCUUCCUGCAUCGCAAGAUCAACAAUCCUACUCAGUCCACGAGUCAAGCGACAAAUUACAUGCCCUUCUCUGCGGUUUCACAACCUGACCCACUGUCCCCCACGCCGAGCAUCAUUCAGAGGUCACGACACAAUACACCUCACAUUCAUUGGGAUGGAGAGGCAGAACCUCUUAAAGUUCGAGGCAAAGAUCGGCCAGAGCGCUCUGUAUCCCCUUCCAGAGCAACACCAAAUCUGCGGGUUCACCUGGGACGAUGCUACUUUGAAUUCGGCGUGGUCGAAAAGACACGAUAG